AUGGCUCCUGCUGUCUUCCUGGCUGUCCUGUGUUUGGGAGUGGCCUCAUCUGCUGCAUCACCUGAUCCAAGUUUGGAUGCUGAAUGGCAGGAUUGGAAGAUACAACAUGAAAAAAACUACAGUCUGGAAGAAGAGGGACAGAGGAGAGCAAUAUGGGAAGAAAACCUGAAAAAGAUCCAAUUGCACAAUGGUGAGGAUGGCCUGGGGAAGGACGGCUUCAUCAUGGACAUGAACGCCUAUGGUGACAUGACUGGGGAAGAAUUCAGGAAAUGGAUGAUUGAUAUGUCGAUCCAACCUCUCAAGAAUAUGAAAAGUGUCCAGAAACGUCUGGCUGGUGAUGUGCCUAGUUCCAUAAACUGGAAAAAGAAAGGCUAUGUUACCCCUGUGCGGAGACAGGGCCGAUGCAACUCUUCUUGGGCUUUCUCUGUGGCUGGUGCCAUAGAAGGACAGAUGUUCCGGAAAACAGGCAAACUGACCCCUCUGAGUGUACAGAACCUGAUUGACUGUUCUGGACCGCAAGGCAAUCUGGGCUGUUAUGCAGGAAAUACGUACCUUGCAUUGAUGUAUGUGGAUGAAAAUGGAGGUCUGGAGUCUGAGGCAACUUACCCAUAUGAAGCAAAGGAAGGACCCUGCAGGUACAGUCCAGAGAACUCUACUGCUAGUAUCAGAGGCUUUGUGUUAGUCCCAAAGAACGAGGAUGCUCUAAUGAAUGCUGUGGCAACUGUGGGGCCCAUUUCUGUUGCAAUCGAUGCAAGGCACGAUUCUUUCCAGUUCUAUAAAAGAGGUAUAUAUUAUGAGCCAAAUUGCAGCAGGACUUCUGUCAACCAUGGUAUGUUAGUGGUUGGCUAUGGCUUUGAAGGAAGUGAACUGGAUGAUAGGGAAUACUGGCUGGUCAAAGGCAGCUUGGGUAAAAAAUGGGGCAUGAGAGGAUAUAUGAAGAUUGCCAGAAACCAGAGAAACCACUGUGGAAUUGCUACAUAUGCCACCUACCCCACAGUGUGA